UAAGAUCACAUUCCUUCUAAAGUGAAAGUCACUGAUUAACAUUCACAACCCAUUGCUAUUUCAGUCCAACAGUGCCACAGUCUCCGUGUGAAUUAAGGUUACACAACACCGCAAGAUGUGCAAUUACCGGAAAAGACAGUAAUUGCUGGUGUAUGCAGAGACCAGAGAUUAAGUUGGCGAACCGACACCCGCCACAGAAGGCACACAGCUGUGUGUCUGCAUAGUGAUGAGCAGAGGACGUUUGUUUGUCUUCAGUACACAAGGAGCGCACGCUCUGAGCCACGAGGCUCUGUCCAUGGUGCUGAUGCAGCAGCAGCUGUGUUGAGCACGUAUUCGAGCACCUGCACCCGUCGUCCCCGAAAGAUGUUGCUUUGUUCGUGGGUAAACUUAACAGUGGUGGCGCAGAGAUUUACAAAGAGUGUGAUGCCGCCAUUGGCAGGUGAUGUGUACGAGUGCACUGUGAGGCAGUGAAAAGAAUCACAGACACACAGGAGAAACACGUGUAGUGGGUGGUCCUGAGCGCACGGCGUUCACGUGACUCUGGCGAGCGCACGGUCGCCUCCACCUCCACAGUCAGUCCAGUGCUGCAGCAGCAGGAGACAGACGCAACAUGGCUGUGGAGAUGGAGCCUGCAGAUGUGAUCCGCUUGAUAAUGCAGUAUCUAAAGGAGAACAACCUCUACAGAACACUCAACACUUUACAGGAGGAAACCACUGUCUCUCUCAACACAGUGGAGAGCAUCGACAGUUUUAUUGCAGAUAUAAACAGUGGCCACUGGGACUGCGUCCUGUUGGCCAUCGAGUCCCUCAAGCUUCCCGACAACAUACUAAUUGACCUUUAUGAGCAGGUUGUUAUGGAACUAAUCGAGAUGAGAGAGGUGGGUGCAGCUCGCUCGCUCCUCAGACGAACUGAUCCGAUGAUCAUGUUAAAGCAGACGCAGCCAGAGAGGUACAUGCACUUGGAGAACCUACUAAUUUGCUCCUACUUUGACCCUCGUGAGGCAUAUCCGAAUGGCAGUAGCAAGGAGAAGCGGCGUAUGGCGAUAGCGCAGGCCUUGGUGAGGGAGGUCAGUGUGGUCCCUCCUUCUCGCCUCAUUGGACUUCUGGAACAAGUCAGUUCUAUGAAGCUGCAUAGUCCAGGUCACCUGUCUCCUGACACAAACAUGGACACAGCAGGCCACAAGGAGAGCCAUCCGGAGAAGGAGAGAUAUCCAACACAGCUUUACCGCCACAUCAAGUUUGGACGGCGAUCACAUGUAGAAUGCGCUCGCUUCUCCCCUGAUGGUCGGUACUUAAUCACUGGAUCAGUGGACGGCUUCAUUGAGAUCUGGAACAUCAGUUCUGGAAAACUUAGUAAGGAUUUAAAGUACCAGGCAGAGGAGAGCUUCAUGAUGAUGGAUGAUGCUGUUCUCUGUAUGUGCUUCAGUCAGGAUGUUGAUCUACUGGCAACAGGAGCUCAAAACGGGAAAAUAAAGGUCUGGAAGAUCCAGAGUGGCUUGUGUCUGCGCAGGUUUGAGCACGCUCACAGCAAAGGUGUGACCUGUCUGAGCUUCUCCAAAGACAACAACCACAUUCUCAGUGCUUCUUUUGACCACACCAUCAGAAUCCACGAACUGAGGUCUGGAAAGACAAUAAAGGAGUUAAACGGCCAUUCGUCGUUUGUAAAUGACGCUUCUUUUACUCAAGACGGAUUUCACAUCAUCAGUGCCUCGUCUGAUGGCACUAUUAAGAUCUGGAACACAAAGACUUGUGAGUCCAUCCACACUUUCCAGUCACUGUCAGGGACAUUGGUGGUCCCAGUCUACAGUGUAAUUCCUCUCCCACAGAACCCAGAACAGCUUGUGAUUUGUAACCACUCCAGCCAUGUGGUUAUCAUGAGCAUGGACGGUCAGACUGUAAAAACAUUCAGUGCAGAUGAAUCAGCCACAGACUUUGUGUGCUGCACCCUGUCACCUCAUGGGGAGUGGAUUUACUGUGUGGGAGAAGACUAUGUCCUGUACUGCUUUAACUACGAAUCAGGGAAGCUGGAGAAAAAGCUGAUCGUUCAUGAGAAAGAUGUCAUUGGCAUCACUCACCAUCCGCAUGACAACCUGAUCGCCACCUACAGCGAGGACGGCCUGCUGAGGCUAUGGAAACCUUAGAAGAUGCAUUGGGGAGGAGGUGUUUGACAACCGUACUCAAACUUUUGAAGUAACUGGGAUUUAAAACCAAAUCCAAACGGAAUUAACCCCUGAUGUAUACAACUCUGAAUCUAUUAGUAAAGAAUUAAUAUAUUAAUAAGGGCUGUUAAAAUUAAUCCAUUAAUCCAAAUUUUCAUUUGUGAAACAAACUAAUGCAUUUUAAGUAUGGGUAGAAGGAGGAGCCCCAUGUCCAAUAAUUCCACUGUCCAUUCAUUUAUUGUUGCUCUAACACACUGUAGGUGCACACGUUGUUAUUUAUACAGACUGCAGGUAAAAGUUUCCAUUUCGCCAAUGCACCUCAAGCUUAAAAUACCAUCCCACUGCCCUGAAUGAGCUUGUGGAGGCUUCAACUGCAGGUCGACUGAACUUCAGGUAAAUCAUGGUCAAUAGUGAUUACCAUAUUUUCUGGACUACAAGUCACUCUGGAGUGUAAGUUGGCCCAGCCAAAAAAUGCAUAAAGAAAAAAAAAAAACGGUACACCAGCCAGCUAGAGUGCCCUCUAGC